ACAAAUUUUAUGUUCUAAAGCCAAUGGAAUGGAACCAGUCCAAACCGACCGUUGCCAACUCUACUGGCCAUAGCAAAACCUUUUCAUAUUCUCCACCUUAAAAUAAACCAUCCACUACACUACCCCCUCUUUAUAUCAUUCUCCCCUCCCCUCCCCCCUUUCCCCAUCUAUACCACCAACGCAAAACACACCAAAGGAGAAGAAGAAAAAUGGAAGAACUCAUCUCCCAAUUCACCUUCCUCUCCGAUCGGUCACUCCAAGACAAGAACUUCGAUCCGUCCGCGAUCGAGGAUCUCAUGAAACUCUUCGAGGUCGAGGCUUACAAGUCGUGGGUCGCAAUGGAGCUCGACCAGCAGAAAGAAGAACAAGAAGCAGUGGACUCCGUGAAGGAAGCGGAGGAGUGGUUGGACUCUGCCAUGGAAAGCGCCAUGGCGGAGUUCCGGCGGUUCGAAGAGGAAAUGGACCGAGAGGCCGAGGAAGAGCUGCGGGGUUUGGUUCAAGUGGGUGAAUCUGCUUGGAAGGUGGGAAAGUUGAUGGAAAAUGCAGCCACCGUUGCUUCCAAGAGGUACAUCGAGGCUGCGAUGAAUUCGGCUGGCGCUUCGAUGAGAUCGGCUUGGAAGGGGAUUUCUUCGAAUUCCAAAAAGGUUCAUCCUUCUUGAAGGGUUUGUUUAUCUUGUUUUCGCUGUGUUUAUGGUUGUAUGCAAUUGUAUUGUUAUUGAAUGAACCAAUUGAUGGAGUAUCAUUUGGUGUUGGAGAACGGUAGAUCCACCAAAUGGGUUUUCAGGAAAAUAAAAUCAGGUAGCAUUGUACUGGAA